GGGCGCGGUCAUGUGAACGCUGGUACACUGUGAACGCGCAGAGAUCAGCUGACGCGCGUCACGUGACUGGAUCUCAGCAGCAGCGCGAGCAUGGCAGCAGCACAGCAGAAGGCAGUGUAUUGGCUGGGAAAUGACACUCUGAGAGUGUCAGCUGCUCUGUUUGCAGAAAACCGAAAGCGUCUGUGUCGUGCCCUGAAAGCAGAGAAGAAGCUGAAACCCGGAUCUGUGGUUCUGCUUCAAGGAGGAGAACAGCAGCAGAGAUACUGCACGGACACAGACGUGGUCUUCAGACAGGAGUCUUUCUUUCAUUGGGCUUUUGGUGUGACGGAGGCUGACUGCUAUGGUGCCAUCGAUGUGAAAUCCAACAAAUCUGUCCUGUUUGUUCCCAAGCUUCCUGAGAGCUACACAACAUGGAUGGGCAAGAUCUUUCCACCUGAACACUUCAAGGAGAAAUAUGCCGUGGAUGAAGUGCAUUACACCUCUGAUAUUGCUGGUGUCCUGGCCAAAAUGAAGCCAAGUGUCCUCCUCACACUGCGGGGGGUGAACACAGACAGCGGCAGUACCUGUCGUGAAGCGUCGUUUGAAGGCAUCAGCCAGUUUGAGGUGAAUAACACUCUGUUGCACCCGGUCAUAGUGGAGUGUCGUUUACUUAAGACUGACAUGGAGCUGGAGGUCCUGCGCUACACCAACCGGAUUUCCAGUGAGGCCCACAAAGAGGUGAUGAGACGUGUGAAGCCGGGACUGAAAGAGUAUGAGAUGGAGAGUCUGUUCGAGCAUUACUGUUACUCUCGCGGUGGGAUGCGGCACACCUCAUACACCUGCAUCUGUGGAAGCGGGAAUAACUCUUCAGUCCUGCACUACGGACACGCUGGCGCUCCAAAUGAUAAAACCAUUCAGGAUGGAGACAUGUGUCUGUUUGAUAUGGGUGGAGAAUAUUACUGCUACUCCUCUGACAUCACCUGCUCAUUCCCAGCCAAUGGAAAGUUCACAGCUGACCAGAGAGCCGUUUAUGAAGCUGUGCUCAAAUCCUCCAGAGAGGUCAUGGCCGCCAUCAAACCAGGUGUGAAGUGGACAGACAUGCAUCGUCUGGCUGACCGCGUUCAUCUGGAGGAGCUGGUUAAGAUCGGUAUUCUGCGUGGUGAUGUGGACGAGAUGAUGAAGGUUCAUCUGGGCGCUGUGUUCAUGCCUCAUGGUCUGGGUCACCUGCUGGGCAUCGACGUUCAUGAUGUGGGAGGAUACCCAGAGGGCAUCGAGCGUAUCGAUGAGCCGGGUCUGAAGAGUCUGCGUAUGGGUCGUGUGGUGAAGGAGCGUAUGGUCCUGACGGUGGAGCCGGGAAUCUAUUUCAUCAAUCAUCUUCUGGAUAAAGCCCUGAACGCAUCUCAACAGUGUGACUUCAUCAACAAUGAUGUCCUGGCUCGAUUCCGCGGCUUCGGAGGGGUGCGUAUUGAGGAUGACAUCGCCGUGACAGCUGAUGGUGUGGAGCUGCUCACCUGUGUUCCUCGAAACGUAGAAGAAAUCGAGUCCUUCAUGGCGGAGGGGACGUCCAAACCCUUCAGUCCAGUCUAAAUCAGUCCUGAAACUCUGGAAAACAUAUGAUGAUGACACUCCUUUCAUCACAUUUAAUGAAUAUCUUUGAUAUUUCGUUCAAUAAAGGGAAAUCAAUCAUACCUGAUGUUAGUGUGACAGCCGAUUCUUUGCUGACAGUAAGAUUCAUUCUGUAAAUCAAUAUAUGCUGCCUGAGCCAAUAUUUCAAUAUCACAAGUACAACAAUGAAUUACAGGAUCAUUUAUGCAUGAAUGUAGCACAUUUAACAUUUAUUCUUGCAUUUUCUAAGUAACUCCCUAUGAUUUACUCUCAUACUCAUAAUGACGGUUAUUAAAUUUAGUUUAGGUGACCUGUAAGAACAUGUUUCUAGUAUUUACUGCAGUUUGUAUGACAAUGUAAUGUUUAUUUUUAAUAAACAUCUGAUUUUUCUAGCAUC